ACGCGAACAGAGGAGGGAGUCGGAAUGGGAGAUGGGUUGGGACGUGGUCGGGGGAGGAAGGGGAGAGAGGGAGAGGUCGGGACGGGGAGGUCGGGAUGGGAGGUCGGGACCGGGAGGUCGGGUUUGUCACGCAAGGUCGCGGUCGGGAUGGGGGACGGGAAUGGAGAAGGGAAAGGUCGGGAUCAGGUCAAGAGGACGAGGUCGGGGGAGCAAAGGGAGAGAGGGAGAGGUCGGGACGGGGAGAUCGGGAUGGAGGUCGGGAUGGGAGGCGCAAACAGAGGAGGGAGAGGUCAAGAUCAGGGAGGGAGAGUUAGGACGAUGUCGAGGUCGGGAUGGGAUGGGAGUCGGGAGGGGGAUGGGAGAUGGGUUGGGACGCGAUCGGGGGAGCAACGAUAGAGAGGGAGAGGUUGGGAUGGGAGGUCGGGAUGGGAGACGCGAACAGAGGAGGGAGAGGUCGGGAUUAGGGAGGGAGAGUUGGGACGAUGUCGAGGGAAGGAAGGAGAGGGGCAGAGAGGUCAAGACGGGAAGGAAGGGAAGGUGGCAGGGAGAGGUCGCGAUCAGGGAAGGAGAGUUGGGACGACGUCGAGAUCGGGAUGGGAGAGGGGUUGGGAUGCGGUCGAGGGAGCAAGGGCAGAGAGGGAGAGGUCGGGACGGGGAGGUCGGGAUGGGAGGUGGGAACCGGGAGGUCGGGAUGGGAGAUGUGAACAAAGGAGGGAGUCAGGAUGGGAGACGGGUCGGGAUGGGAGGGUGGUUGGGACGCGGUCGGUGGAGCAAGGGCAGGGAGGGAGACAUCGGGACAGGGAGGUCGGGAUGGGAGGUCGGGACCGGGAGGUCGAGUUUGUCGCGCAAGGUCGCGGUCUGGAUGGGGGACGGGAACGGAGAAGAGAAAGGUCGGGAUCAGGUCGGGAUCACGUGGUCGGGGAAGCAAAUGGAGAGAGGGAGAGGUCGGGACGGGGAGAUCGGGAUGGGAGGUCGGGAUGGGAGGUCGGGAUGGAAGGCGCGAACAGAGGAGGGAGAGGUCGAGAUCAGGGAGGGAGAGUUGGGACGAUAUCGAGGUCGGGAUGGGAUGGGAGUCGGGAGGUCGGGAUGGGAGAUGGGUUGGGACGCGGUCGGGGGAGCAAGGGCGGAGAGGGAGAGGUCGGGACGGGGAGGUCGGGAUGGGAGGUCGGGAUGGGAGACGCGAACAGAGGAGGGAGAGGUCGGGAUUAGGGAGGGAGAGUUGGGACGAUCUCGAGGGAAGGAAGGAGAGGGGGAGAGAGGUCGAGACGGGAAGGAAGGGAAGGUGGCAGGGAGAGGUCGUGAUCAGGGAGCGAGAGUCGGGACGAUGUCGAGGUCAGGAUGGGAUGGGAGUCGAGUGGGACAUGUCGGGACGGGGAGAUCGGGAUGGGAGGUCAGGACCGGGAGGUCGGGAUGGGAGACGCAAACAGAGGAGGGAGACGUCGGGAUCAGUGAGGGAGAGUUGGGACGAUGUCGAGGCCGGGAUGGGAUGGGAGUCGGGAAAUCGGGAUGGGAGACGGCUCGGGGCGCGGUCGGGUGAGCAAGGGGAGAGAGGGAGAGGUCGGGACGGGGAGGUCGGGAUGUGUGGUACUCGCUGCGCUCGGUUCG